CCUCCACGAACCUCAUCGUCGGAUUCCGAGUCUCCUGAAGGAGACUGCUCGUUGGCUUUAUUUGUCUGCAGCCUUCGCGACCAUUACCACAACAGUCAAUAUGCACCUGGAAACCCAUGCUUCACCAGCGCCUUCCCAAACAGCUAAUGACGAUCAAAGUUUCAGCCGAGGCAUCAGGUACUUUAAGACGUCACCGGCAGCCAAUAUGCCACUGUGAACGGUCCUCAUCGCUUUCGAUCGCGUUCAGCAAUGCGUAAGCUGCAUACCAGGCUGAAGCAAGGCAGUUAUUUCAGUAGCACUUCCUCCAGCUCCGCUCCGUCCCUCUCAUGCCCACCAUGGAAACCAACUCAUUCAACGUCAUCCUCUUGUCCUUAGCAGAGUCUGCAAUUGCCUUCUACCUCUUCCCUCAUGUCUUUCCCGCGGGGACUCUGACGUCCUUCUUUCUUAUUUUCUCUUUGGUUAACUUCGGUGUCCUUGGCUUCUACAUUCUCAUCAUCUACCCCUUCUUCCGCAGUCCGCUCCGCCAUCUACCGCAACCGCGAAGGGGGUUCUGGCCGAUCAUCGGUCAUGGCUUGGUCAUGUUCAAGCGCCCGCCCGGAGAGGCGCAUUUGAAGAUGAUGAAGGACGUCGAUAACGACGGGGUUAUUUUCUUUCGUGGCUUCUUCCACACAGACCGCCUCCUUUUGACCAACCCGGCUACCAUAGCGGAUGUCCUUGUGCACAGGAGCUACGAUUUCGAGAAGCCGCAGUGGGUCCGCACCUUCUUGCGCCAGUUUCUUGGCGACGGGCUGUUGAUGACCGAAGGCGACGAGCACAAGCACCAGCGGAAGCAGAUCAUGCCGGCAUUUAGCUUCCGCCACAUCAAGGAGCUCUAUCCGGUAUUUUGGGCGAAGUCUAUCGAGCUUUGCGAGGUUACCAAAGCGGAGUUGUGGGACAAGCCGGACAAGGUGCUCGAAAUCGGCCACUUCUCGACGCAGGUGACGAUGGACAUCAUCGGGCUGGCUGGCCUGGGGCGCGACAUCGGCUCGCUCCGGAACAGCGAUGACGAACUCAUCAAGAACUACGAAGAGAUACUUGAGCCCACGGCGGAGAAGGCCAUCUAUUUCGUGUGCCAUCUGCUGUUUCCGCCGUCGGUCAUGCACGCGCUGCCUUGGAAGCUGAACGAGCGGGUCAAGGUUACGACGUCGAAUUUGAAGCGGAUUUGUAGAGAGUUCGUGGUUGAGAAGAAGAGCAGGAUGAAGGUUGAGAGCCAAGAAAGCGUCGAUAUCCUAAGCAUCCUGAUCCGAUCGAACACGUUCUCAGACGAUGGCUUGGUAGAUCAACUUUUGACUUUCCUAGCAGCUGGGCACGAAACCACCUCCUCGGCCUUCACAUGGGCGACUCACCUGCUAUCCAUACAUCCCGAAGCGCAAGCCCGCUUACGGACUGAGCUCUACGAGAACAUUGCGGACCCAAAGGCUCUUUCCGAACCGUCCUUCGAUAUUGCCGGACUGCUCGAAUCGCUGCCAUACCUCAACGCAGUGUGCAACGAAACGCUGCGACUCUAUCCCACGAUCCCAGUUUCGUCGCGCGUAGCAAUCCGCGAUACCACUAUCUCUGGACAAUUCAUCCCCAAAGGCACGCAAUCCUUCGUCGUCCCCUGGGCCAUGAACCGCAAUCCGAAGCUGUGGGGCGCUGACUCGGAAAAGUUCAGGCCGGAGCGCUGGAUCGAUGCCGAGACGGGGCGCGCGACGAUGAACGGAGGUGCAGACAGCAACUACUCUUUCUUGACGUUCCUCCACGGGCCUCGCAGCUGCAUCGGCGAGAAGUUCGCCAGGGCGGAGCUGAGGGCGCUCGUUGCGGCUUUCGUGGGGAACUUUGAGAUGCAGAUGGCGAAUCCGGAUGAGAAGAUCAAAGUUGGCGGGACUAUCACGAGCAAGCCAGUUCAAGGCAUGAGGCUGAGAUUGACGCCCGUGGAAUGGGGUAGUGGUGGACAUAUGGCGAAGAUGGGUUAAUGUGCUUGAGCAGGAAGGAAACCAUUAGGAGCAUAUGACUCUCGAAGUGUUUGUGCACCUUUGACUGGACGUUCUAUACCAUAUAUAACUCGAAAGCCUUACAAAAUUUUCCAAAUGAGGAAUAUAAGUAGGGCACAGCCCGC